GGGAGCCCAUAUCACAUAGAACCCCAGUGGGAAAGGAAAAGCUGGAUUGGAUACUAAAUAUGGCAUGCUUUCAGAGGGAAUGCAUCUCUGUCCAUAUUGGCCAGGCUGGUGUGCAGAUGGGCAAUGCCUGCUGGGAGUUGUACUGUUUAGAACACGGGAUCCAUCCCACUGGAAUUGCAGCUGAUGAGAGGAGCUAUAUAAUGGAUUCAUCAUUUGGGACUUUCUUCAGUGAGACUUCUAAAGGGAAAUGUGUACCUCGAGCAGUGUUUGUAGACCUAGAGGAAACUGUUAUUGAUGAAAUAAAAAUUGGGAAAUAUCGCUCACUUUUUCAUCCGGAGCAGCUGAUCACUGGAAAAGAAGAUGCAGCAAAUAACUAUGCUCGUGGUCACUAUACCAUUGGAAAGGAGAUUGUUGACUCUGUGUUGGACAUGAUUCGUAAACAAGCUGAUCAAUGUUAUGGUCUUCAAGGAUUUCUCGUCUUCCAUAGUUUUGGAGGUGGUACAGGUUCAGGAUUCACAUCACUGCUGAUGGAGCGUCUUUCUGUUGACUAUGGCAAGAAGUCCAAACUUGAGUUCUCAGUCUAUCCUGCUCCAAGGAUCUCCACUGCCGUGGUUGAACCUUAUAAUGCCAUCCUUACAACACACACAACUCUAGAACAUUCUGACUGUGCAUUUAUGGUGGAUAAUGAGGCAAUUUAUGAUAUCUGCAAAUGUAACUUGGACAUUGAGCGUCCUUCUUAUACCAAUCUGAACAGAUUAAUAGGUCAAAUAGUUUCUUCAAUUACAGCCUCACUAAGGUUUGAUGGUGCGCUGAAUGUGGAUCUAACAGAGUUCCAAACCAACCUGGUGCCAUAUCCAAGAAUCCAUUUCCCAUUAGUUACUUAUUCACCCAUUAUAUCAUCAGAAAAAGCUUACCAUGAACAGCUGUCCGUUCUGGAGAUCACCAAUGCUUGCUUUGACUAUUCAAAUCAGAUGGUGAAAUGUGACCCUCGACGUGGUAAAUACAUGGCUUGCUGCCUUCUAUACAGAGGUGAUGUGGUGCCAAAAGAUGUUAAUGCAGCAAUAGCAGCAAUUAAAACCAGGAGGAGCAUCCAGUUUGUAGAUUGGUGUCCUACUGGGUUUAAAGUGGGAAUAAACUACCAGCCCCCAACUGUGGUUCAGGGAGAACAUCUGGCUAAAGUAGAACGUGCUGUCUGUAUGCUGAGUAACACUACUGCCAUUGCAGAAGCCUGGGCUAGACUAGACCAUAAGUUUGACUUGAUGUAUGCCAAGAGAGCAUUUGUACAUUGGUAUGUUGGAGAGGGAAUGGAGGAAGGGGAGUUCUCUGAGGCAAGAGAGGAUAUGGCUGCUUUAGAAAAGGAUUAUGAAGAGGUAGGAAGAGAAUCAAGCUAUAGUGAUGAUGAUGAAGAUGAAUAUUGAACCAGGUAGUAGAGUGCAGCACACAAGUGAAUUGGCGCACAAUGAGCCCUGUGGGGGAGGUCCACCUGUCCCCUAUGUACAUCCAAAUGUAUAGAACCACAGGCUUCUCAGUGCCGGGGUGAAAGAUCAAAUGUGUUUUAUUAUGGUCCAAAAGACAAAACAAAGAUACAAU